AUGGCGUCCUCUACCCCUCUGGCUUCGGCUGCCCCGGUCACACUGAUCGCGUCGACCUCAGCACUGCAACUAGCCCCUUUGUCGACUCCUUCCAUGACCUCCCAUCCAGGGCCGAGCUCUGUCCCCCGCACGAUCUUACCAACUAUCGGCGAGGAUCGACCUCUCACACAAGCACCGCCUCUCUACACCUACCUCAGACAAGUCCGACUGCCGCACGGACACUCGCUCCCUGCUGCUGGAUCGACUUCGGCUCAAGUGUUGAGGAUGACUCUGCAUCCCCACCGGUGUGAGAUCGCGCUCGUGGACUUGCACUACGAUACAGAGGAAGAGAGGACGCGGCAUGCGGUACCGACUCGGGUCUGGUUCGACACCAGCUGGAUCCAGGAACUCAAUGUGGGGGGAACUUUCCUUCGUGGCGACAUCCCUCCUGAGCUUUCCUCCGAGGCUAACGAGCUGGGUGGUCUUUACUCCUCCACAGCUUGACAUCGACCAUUCGAUCGACAAAGAUGGUCACCCCGUGGAAGGAUCCGAAGUCGUCAUUUCGUUCAAGCUACACUUCCAAGACGGUGAGCACCGAGCACUGACUCUCCCUCAACUUUAGAUCAAGCCCAUGCUUACCGCCCGCUCGAGUCGGUCUGCGCAGGCGAAACCAUCUGGAUCCAUUGCCAAGUCGACACGAGGACAACGAUGCGUCACGAGUGGCAUUACUUUGAGACCCGCAUCAAGCGACGGCUCAAGAGGUGGUCAGACAACGUUCCGUUCCCGGCCACGAUUAGGUUCGUCACCUUUCUCUCUCGUGAUCGAAAGCUUCUUGGUCCUCAACACUUGGCAAGUGGAGAAAUUUGAUGCCCGGAAUAUUUUGACGUCUGCAGCCCACGUGGAGCUUGGGCCAUCCCACCACCCGGGACGUCGCUUUACUCGAUCACCCCCCCGCCAUGGUACGACCCGGACGACAUGCGCACAUGGACCUGUUCGUUCCCUCCUCUCGAUUCGGACGAGUGGCAGAUGUUUCUGAAGAAAAAGGAAAAUGUGGAGCAAGCCGCUGUGGUCCGGAGUGCGCCGUCACCGAGAAAGCAACGAGCGCCGCCGGUUCGGCCUGACGUGUUGGUCUUGCCCAAGCGCAAGAUCAACAAGCGCAAGUACAGUAGUAAACGCGAAGGGAAAGCCGUGGCCAAGCGUCUACCCGACGACGACUCGGACAAGGACGACGCCGACGCCGACGAUCUUUACGUUGACUCCACGGCCUCAAAGAAGCCAAAAUUGUCCGCCUCGCCCUUCGAGGUUGUCGUCCAAGCGCGAUCAGUGCCCACCCAAAGUUCGACCUCACCGAUCCUGGGCCGACGAAAACCUUUUUCCACAAGUUCUUCUUCAAGAAGCGCCAGUAACGACAAUGCGGCCGAUGCAGGAUCCGAGCCUUCGAGACCCCCAGCAAGUCGAGGUCGGCAUCCCCCGGCUUCCACGUUUGACCCUGAUUCCUUCGCCUUCAUUUCGAAUGAUCAUCGACGAUCGGGUAGGACGUCCAGGAAUUCACCGAAUUCGGCCAAGGAUUAUUCCGAUGAGGUGCAGUUGGCCGAGAUGGUCCGACGAGCCGAACAAGCCGAGGAACGGAACGCCCAACUCGAACGUGAGGUCGAAGAGCUCAAGGCUUCCUUGCAGGCCAAAGAUCUUGAAUUGGCUCGUGGUCCAGGGAUCGCAGCUAACAAGGAGGGGCAACACACGCUUGAAUUGGAGGCCUUGACCGUUGUGGUCGAUGCAGGGGCGCGAAGGGAGGCCGAUCUCGAACAAAGUUUACGUCAGCUCAAAGACCUUGUCAGGGAGAAGGAUUUCGAACUGGAACGGUGUCGAAAGGAGAUUGAGACGCACGUCUUGAAGUGGGAGAAGAGGGAUGGGUAAAAUGAUGUUGUCGAAGAGAGAGAGUCGAACGUGUUGGACAAGCGGCUCGUCGCGUUGGGGUCGUCGACGUCUACAGGAAGCUACGAUCCGGGUCUGGCCGAGAAUGUGGGGCUCUUGAAGGUGAGGAAUGAGAUCGAUGAGAAGCCGCAGCAAGCUCGUGCAGAAUGA